ACGACGCUGAGACCACUUUUUGACUCUCCAAAAAACCGAACGCUGUUGUUUUUGUUGUUGUUGGUGUUGUUGUUGUCUCCGUCACGUCACGUCACGCCAAGCAACCAGCGCAGCGCAUCCCCCCACCCUGCCCCGCUUAACCCCUGCCCAUAUCAUUGUGCAAUCGAAGGCAAUCGAGAAUGUCAUCGCUGUCCCAGUGGUGGAUCGCAUCGCUGCUCUGCCUCUGCUUGUGCCUGUGCCUGGUGCCCUUUGGUGAGGCCAUCGAGUGCUAUGUGUGCGAUACGAGCGACACGGAGCAUCCCUUCCAGUGCGGCGAGUGGUUCGAGCGGUACGAUCAGCCGGACAUCCAGCCGCAGAACUGCUCCAGCGUCCAUGGGGCCCAGUUUUGUGUGAAGCAUGUCGGCCGCUUCGAGGGCGGCAUUGGAGCGAAGCGCUUCUGCAGCUCCAAGGAUCUGGGCAACUAUUGUGACUACGUGCGGAACAAGGGUGACCGCAUGGACUAUCGCAGCUGCAUCUACACCUGCGACUCAGAUGGGUGCAAUGGCGCCGUUUCCCAGCUGACGAGGCCCUUUGGCAACGGUAAAUGGGGUGUGGCCGGCCUGAUGCUUGCGCUCUGGCUCAUCUGGCAACGCUGAAGCUGUGGAGAGGAGAGUCUCUCCCACAGUGAGAGAAAGAGAGAGAGAGAGAGAGAGAGAGAGAUCGCGAACAAAGAAGCUACACUGUUUCAGCUUCUUCUACACGUUGUGCAUCGCUUAGUUUUUUUUUUCGUAGUACCUUAAGCUUUUAAUUUUUAGGUUGUACCAAAUUAAAGAGUCAAGAGACAGACCCACACAAAACAA